UUUCUCGAACAGCAUAUGCUUCCAGCUUUUUACUUGAGCUGUAGUGAGAUGCUGAGUAAAUGGGAAGACGUUGUUCAAGUUGAAGGCUCUCAUGAGAUAGAUGUAUGGCCUCACCUGCAGCAAUUGACUUCUGAUGUGAUCUCUCGGACAGCUUUUGGCAGUAGUUAUGAAGAAGGUAGAAAGAUUUUUGAACUUCAACAGGAACAAGUUCAGCAUUUUCUCGAAGUUACACGCUCAGUUUAUAUCCCAGGAUGGAGAUUUUUGCCAACAAAGAGGAACAGAAGAAUGAAGGAAAUAAAAAAGGAUGUUCGGUCCUCAAUUAGAGGUAUUAUUGAUAAUAGAUUGAAGGCAAUGGAAGCAGGGAACGCGGAUAAUGAGGAUCUAUUGGGCAUAUUGCUGGAAUCGAAUUUUAAAGAAAUUGAACUGCACGGAAACAAGGACUUUGGAAUGAGUAUCGAAGAAGUCAUUGAAGAAUGCAAGCUAUUCUAUUUUGCUGGUACAGAAACUACAUCAGUGUGGAUUCUGUGGACUCUGGUGUUGUUGAGCAGAUGUCCAGAUUGGCAGGCACGGGCCAGAGAGGAAGUCUUGCAAGUGCUUGGGAGUCGGAAACCAGAUUUUGAUGGAUUAAAUUUUAAAUGGGCUUGGAAAAUUUUGACACUAUUAACACAUGAUGGGUUCUUUGGGAAGAUAAGUUAG